CCCCGUAUCGUGGAUGUCUGAGUGUAUAUUGAGACAGAGCCAUCGUUCCGUAAAUACGUGCUAGACGUGAGAUCAUGACUGGACUUCAUACCGCUAGACAGCAAUAAAAACGUACAACGAUAAAAACAUCAAGUGUGCGGGAUUUGUGGAGCAUCUCGAGGUUUCCAGGAGCGGUGUGAGAGAGCAUGGAGCUGAACCGGAGACUGCUGCUGGCGCACUGCGCUGCCCACGCCCUGUCCGUGAUCGCAGGCCUGCUGGUGGUGGUGCCGUUAGCGCUGAACGGCUCCGCCUUCAAAGGCCGCUGCGCGCUUUUCACUCAGGGCUUCUGGCGCUCCGAGAACCAGAGCGCGAGCGGCGCACAUCUGGCCGAGGGGACACAUCUGGUGGUGCAGCAUUGGGGGCCGCCGGCAGCCUGCCAGUUCGCCACGUUUGUCGGUGUGUUCACGGUGCUGUACGGAGCCACGCAAAGCUGGAGGAGUUUAUUUUACCUCCACCGUCGCCACGACGACACUUUGUUCUCUGCCUUUCUCACGCUGCUUCUGAGUCUGUGUGUGCUCUUCCUUUCGGGGGCAGCGAGUGUGAUUCUGACCCUCGGCCUUGUGUCCUGGUGCAACACCAUCACUGAUCACAGCACUCGCCCAUACAGCUGUGCCGAGUCGCAAUCAGUGCCCCUUUACUUAGAUGUGGAAACCUCCUCUUUCUACUCAGAGCUCACCUGUGCACAGAUUUCGCUGUGGUGUGUAACUGCUCUGUGGUUAGUUCAUUCCAUUCUGUCUUUCCUGAGACUCUACCACUCUCACAGUCAGCAGAUCAGCGGACCGUGCCUGUCCCGAGAGAAGGAGUUCCUUUUGGGCCAGUCUCAUGUGGUGUCCCCUACCAUGCCAAUGCCAACACCCUCACCCCCACAACCACCUGCUGUCUUUAUUUAAUCUCUUACCUAUCCCCUAAAUAUGCUCUUUUAUGCUGACUCAUCAAUCACAAGCUUUUUCUGGUGUUUGGUGAAACUAGGUUUGUGGUAGUGGGAGCAUAAAAAGAAUGCAAGAGUUCACGCUGCAUUUUUUAUACAGAGCAUCCUGUAACGUUGCACUACACCCCAUACCCAUGCAUGUCUGUGGAAAAACAUAACGAAGAACAGCGGAAACGCAAAGAAAUCGUGAAACAAAAAACCAGGAAUGAGAAAUGUCUUUACAAAUAAGCUAUAGGUAUUGUUUACACAUUGAUGCUUUAAACAUUAUAUGUUGUGCCGUGUUGUUCCGACUUUAAAUGUGAAUGCAACACUAAUCUGUCAGCCACUUUUAAACAGGGUCUUUAGUAUUUAGUAUUAUUACAGAUAAUUGAAGUGAAUGCAGUGUUCAGUUCAUUUGCAGAAUGAGAAAGGUUGCAAAAUCUUGCCGUAUGCAAGAACACGUAGUCUGACUGACAAGUGAUCGGGAAGGAAGACUAGCAUGUUGCAUGUGCUUAGUUCAGACCCAAGCUGCUUGUUUGGGAUUUCCUGCCUCCUGAUGAGUGUAUAGUCGUGUGUCGCUUUAAACACUGUCUCCCUGCCACAUGAAGGUUUCCUGCAUGAUGCUGUGUGUGUGUAGAUGCAGCUCUGAGGUAACAGCCAAUGCAGAGGUGUCAACAUUUAUGAUUUAUUUUUUUAACCUUAACUGUGGGACCCCUGAAAACAACAUCAGUUAUUUAUGAAUAAGAUUCACCUGGUGGAAAACCUAUUUUACUUUUGGGGGAAAGGACAUCCAAGAUGCACCGAAUUGACCUGUGAAUUCUUCCUUUCCAGUUUUGGCAUUUCUGUUUCCUUUUGCCCUUCUUGGGCCUUUAGCUGUAAUUCAGAAUAUAAUUCAGGAAGGACCAGGGGGGAAAAAAAUCAAGGAAUGUUCACCCUUCAUUUAACCUCUGACCUCCCUGAACUGAGUAGCUGUGGUGACACACACACAUAGCUGAGAGAGAAACCAGAGUUUUAGGGAGAGAAAUGUAUGUAAAUAUGAUUUAUUGUUUAUGGCAAUGUUUUAUAACUCUAUUUGUACCACUGUUGUGUCUAUAAUUCAUUUGAUAUCGACUUGUGAAUAGUAAAAGAAUGCAUAUAAA